AUGGACGGUGAAGACAUCAUCACAUCGACUUUGUACAAGGAUCGAAAGGAAUGGGCCGACGUGACGCCGCUCUACUGUGUCGGCAACGAGGAUUGUAUCGUGCGCAUUGCGUAUACUGAUGAAUUCAAAGACGCAUUCGCCUACCUUCGCGCGGUGAUGAACAGUGGCGAACUGACGGCCCGCUGCUUCGAGCUGACGACCACCUGCGUCACGCAAUACCGCCGUGAAAUCAUCGCCGCGCUCGGUCUGGACCUGCAGAAGGAGAUGCGCUUCAUUUCGGAGAUGAUCAUGGAGAACCCGAAGAACUAUCAAGUCUGGCAUCACCGAGGCUGUCUCGUAGAGAUUUUGAACAAGGAUUUUGAGGAGGAGCUCGACUUCACGGCCGAGGUUCUGGAGGACGAGCCGAAGAACUACCACGCCUGGCAGCAUCGGCUCUGGGUGAUCCGCGAGUACAAGCUGGCCAACCAGACCGAGCUCGACUACAGCACCCGGCUCAUCAUCGAGGAUCCUUACAACAACUCCGCUUGGCACUACCGCCACGUCGUGCUCGCGCUCAUGGGCAAGCUGCAGGAUCCGAUCACGAUAGACAUUGAGGAGAACUUCUGCAAAGAGGUCGCCCAGAACGUGCAGAACAACGAGAGCGUGUGGAGCUACCUUACUGGACUUCUCGCCGAAAACGGCCUGCUCUCGAGGCCCGGACUGGAAGACUGGGCGCAACAAUUGUGGGAUACCGCCGAGGAGGAGAAACGUUCCUACAUGGUCGGCCAGUUCCUCCUCGACAUCCAGUUCGAGUACAUCGACAAGAACCCCGAGGAGGCCCUGAAGCACGUCGAGCGGGUGAAGCAGCUCUGCGCGGCGCUCGGCGAGCUGGACGGCGUUCGUCGAUUUUACUACGCCCACCUGCAGGCACUGGCCGAGAACACCUACCAUAAGUGCGCCGGCGCCCGA